AUGGAUCUUGAUCUGACAGAUUUUGCGGAUAUCGAUACACCAGCAGAAAGUUCCGUCGCAAGGCGUGCAAGUUCAGUAUCCACGGCUCCGUCACCACAAAUGGCUAAUGAAAUAGUCGAGACCAGUGAGGAAACCCCUGAGCACGUGGAUUAUUAUAUGCUUCGUUUUAUGGAACGGGAAUUAGAAAUAAAUGUUGGGUUUGGUGGAUUACCCGACCCCGAAGAUGGUUUGAUUUCAGAAUAG